AAUAUCAAAAAAGCUCAAAUUUUAUUAUAAAUUUAGGUCAAAAUGUAUUCUGCUACAUGUUUUUGAUUUAAAAAAUCCCAAGAAGUAUGUUGAUUGCUUUGUGUGAAAGUUAUACAGUAGCAUCUACAAACUAUGGUAUAGAUAAUGGCAUUUACACAUCCAGGGGCGGACUGACCAUUUGGAAACUCGGGCAUUGCCUGAGGGCCCGGGAUGCCCCUGGUACCUUUUUCAUAGGCUUUUUUGAGUUUGGGCAAGGACACAGGAGCCCCAUGAUCCCCUAUUGCCCGGGG